CGAUAGACAUUUCAUACCUAUAGCUUAAAAAGUUUUUCUCAAAAAAAUGCUAGUCAUUAUAAUAAGCUUAGUGCUUCUAGUAGAAAGCUCAUUUGCUGCUCCAUCGAAUCUUAUAAUCAACGGAACAGAUGCUUCCAUUGAAGAUUUUCCAUUCAUGAUUUCGCUCAGGAGUUACGGUGGAUCGCACUCAUGUGGAGGGAGUAUACUUUCCAAAAAAUGGAUUUUGACUGCGGCGCAUUGUGUUAAUGCUGGAACAACCCCAUUGACCCAAACUAUUCAGAUUGGGCGUACGAAUAUUUCUCAAACAGAGGACUAUUCUGUGUAUACAAUUGAACAAGUCAUCAGACAUCCCAACUACACAGCCGGCGGAAGUUACCGCAAUGACAUAGCCGUUGUAAAGUUAUUUGAUGAAUUACAAUUUUCGGACACUAUCCAACCAGUGAAACUCCCGGAGCCUUGUUUUGAGGUCAGCGAAAAUGACAACGGAGUAACUUUGAUAGGAUGGGGUAUAACGGAUAGUGGAAUGGUAGCAGAAACAUUACAAAAAGUUCAAUACUACGUUGUACCCAAUGAAGAGUGUAAUGAACUUCUCUGGACAACGACAAUCUAUCCCAGUCAGAUCUGUGCUGCGUAUCCGGGUGGAGGAAAAGGUCAAUGCAGUGGAGAUUCUGGUGGGCCGCUUUUACAUGACGGGAUCCAAGUUGGAAUAGUUUCGUGGAGUAUCAAACCCUGUACUGUUGCGCCGUAUCCAGGAGUUCUGACUAAGGUGUCACACCAUCUACCAUUUAUCUAUGAACAUACCGACUUAGAUUCAACAGGUAUAGAUCUUCGCAGCUGUGAUGAAAUUUGAACUAGAGUUUGAAGUUUCCUGAUAAAAUAAAUUUUGAAACGCGAAA